GGUCCCCGGGGGCUGGCCAGCACCAGGGUCGCGGUCCCCGCCUGCCUGUCGGGCGGCAACUUGCCUCGCGGGGACCAGUCGGCCGCGGCUCUUUCCCGCGCUUCCGUCCAGAUCCCAGCAUGCCUUCCGAGACACCCCAGGCAGAAGAGGGGUCUGCAGAGUGCCCCCACCUCCCAGGGGCACUCUCAGGGAAAGAGAGCCUGGAGAAGGGGCCCCCAGGUGACAAGGAAGCCAAGGAGCACCUGUGGAUCCGACCCGAUGCCCCAAGCAGGUGCACCUGGCAGCUGGGCAGGCCCAGUGCCGACUCCCCGCAUCACCACACCACCCCGACAAAAUCUCCAAAAAUCUUGCCAGAUAUUCUGGAAAAAAUUGGGGACACCCCCAUGGUCAGAAUCAACAAGCUCGGGAAGAACUUUGGCCUGAAGUGUGAGCUCUUGGCCAAGUGCGAGUUCUUCAGUGCGGGCGGGAGUGUGAAGGACCGCAUCAGCCUGCGGAUGGUGGAGGACGCCGAGCGGGCCGGGGUCCUGAAGCCCGGGGACACCAUCAUCGAGCCGACAUCGGGGAACACAGGGAUCGGGCUGGCCCUGACUGCCGCCGUGAGGGGCUAUCGCUGCGUCAUCGUGAUGCCGGAGAAGAUGAGCACAGAGAAGGUGGAUGUCCUGCGGGCCCUGGGGGCCGAGAUCGUGAGGACGCCCACCAACGCCAGGUUCGACUCCCCGGAGUCACAUGUGGGAGUGGCGUGGCGGCUAAGGAAUGAAAUCCCCAAUUCGCACAUACUAGACCAGUACCGCAACGCCAGCAACCCCCUGGCUCACUAUGACACCACCGCGGAGGAGAUCCUGGAGCAGUGUGACGGGAAGCUGGACAUGCUGGUGGCUUCUGCGGGCACGGGUGGCACCAUCACGGGCAUCGCCAGGAAGCUGAAGGAGAAGUGCCCUGGGUGCAGAAUCAUCGGUGUGGAUCCCGAAGGGUCCAUCCUCGCGGAGCCGCCGGAGCUGAACCAGACGGAGGUGACGGCCUACGAGGUGGAGGGCAUCGGCUACGACUUCGUCCCCACCGUGCUGGACAGGACGGUGGUCGACAGGUGGUACAAGAGCAACGACGAGGAGUCCUUUGCCUUCGCCCGCAUGCUGAUUGCACAGGAAGGGCUGCUCUGCGGUGGCAGUGCCGGCAGCGCGAUGGCCGCGGCCGUGAAGGCUGCCCGGGAGCUGCAGGAGGGUCAGCGCUGCGUGGUCAUCCUGCCCGACUCGGUGCGGAACUACAUGUCCAAGUUCCUGAGUGACAAGUGGAUGCUGCAGAAGGGCUUCGUGAAGGAGGCGGACCUUACCGUGAAGAGGCCGUGGUGGUGGCACCUCCGGGUACAGGAGCUGAGCCUGUCGGCACCGCUGACGGUGCUGCCGACGGUCACCUGUGAACACACCAUCGAGAUCCUCCGGGAGAAGGGCUUCGACCAGGCGCCCGUGGUCGACGAGUCAGGGGCGAUCCUGGGAAUGGUGACGCUCGGGAACAUGCUGUCGUCCCUGCUCGCCGGGAAGGUGCAGCCCUCAGACCAGGUCCAGAAAGUCAUCUACAGGGAGUUCAAUCAGAUCCGCCUGACGGACACGCUGGGCAACCUCUCGAACAUCCUGGAGACGGACCACUUCGCCCUGGCGGUGCGCGAGCAGAUCCCGUCAGGACCGGGCCUGGUCAGGAGUGGGGGGCCUGCAGACCACAGCACCGGCAAGUCCAGCCAGCGGCAGAUGGUGUUUGGCGUCGUCACCGCCAUCGACCUGCUGAACUUUGUGGCCACGCGGGAGCGGCACCGGCACCGGCAGUGAGGUCCGGGCGUGCUGGGCACUCUGCUCCCGCGCUCUCCCCGCCUGGAGUCUUCUCGUUGCUUCCGUAACACUCGACACACGCGUGUGAUUUGUAGCUGCCCGAGGCUGGGCGCACCUCUCCUGACAGGCAGCGUGGGGCGGGCGGGUCUCCUCGCCGGCCGGCAUCUGUCUGUUUCACCGUCACUGCCACCAGCCUCCCUAGGUGACCGUGCUUAUGGUCAUUAGAUUAAAUGUGUCCUCUAACGUA